AUGGCAAUAAUCAUUUCUGGGAUCUGGAUGUGUAUAAAAAGACCGGGACUAUCAUUGAAACGGUAUCAAACAUCGAUUUGCAAUCAAAGCCUUCACUGGUUUUAGAGACACAGACGGCGACAACAAUUGAAAAGUUCUUUUUGCCAACGAAAAGUAGUUUCAAUUAUGAAGACCUUUACUUUCACCCUGAUCCUGGCAGCCAGUUUGGUGGCUGUGGCUUUUGCCGCCCCCGAACCAGAACCCGAACCAGCUAAAGGUAAGUCGGUGGCAUAGAGCAUGUCAGUUGUCUUGGCAUGGAUAAUUUCAAUUUCGUGUUUAAUUUCAGCCAAAUUCCGUGCUGCCGAAGUAAUUAAUGACGAUAGCACCGUUGAGGUGGCCGACAAUGCCGAUGAUGGACAACAGGCCGACGAUGCUGUUGAGGGUGGCAGCAAGAAAGGCGAUGGCAGCAGUGGCCGCUUGUUUAUGAAGAAGUUCAUGCUGUUCAAGAAUAUGUUUGGCCAGAAACAACCUGUGAUUCCCAUUAUCAUCACCGGAGGUGGCAACGCUCCAGUGACAACUACCACCGCCACUGGCACCACCCCACCAACCACAACCAUCACAUCCACCGGUACCGUUCCCACAGCUACUGGUACCAUCACGGUUACACCAACUACCGGAACUGGAAAUGGAGGUACCGGAGGUACUGGUGGUGCUGGCAAUGAUGCUGGUGCUGGAGCUGGCAAGAGAAAACGACCACUGCAACGCAUCCAAUUGAUCGGUCGCGGAUCCUAUGACAACCAAGAAGCCGCCGACGAUGAACCCGAAGAAGCUGCUGUUGUUGACAAUCAGGAACUGGCUGCUGCUUUGGGUGCCGGUGCCGAGGAAUACAUUGUUACCGAUCAAGAAAUCAGCGGCACCUCCGAUGGUCAUGUUGACAACGGCUCAGCUCGCGUCAACUUGAGACGCCGUGGCUCCAAGAAUGGUCGUGUUGUCAGUGUCCGUAUUCCACCCAAAUACCGUGGCUAUUUCAAGAACGGCCAACGUGUUAUCCUCAACAAUGCCAAUCGCAACAACAAACGUCGCGUUGUCAAGAAGCGUGUCAUCCGUAAACGCAACAAGAAGAACAAGAUUGUCAAACGCCGUCGUUUUGUGCCCAAGAACUAAGUGACAAAAACG